AUGGGGUGCUUCCACUCCACGGCCAGGGCCAGGCGGCGCUACCCGGGCUACGACGACCCCAUGCAGCUCGCCGCCCAGACCGCAUUCAGCGUCAGCGAGGUGGAGGCGCUCUUCGAGCUCUUCAAGACCAUCAGCGGCUCCGUCAUCGACGACGGCUUCAUCAACAAGGUAGAAGAGUUCCAGCUUGCAUUGUUCAAGAGCAAGAUGGACAAUAUUUUUGCUAACCGGAUAUUUGACCUCUUCGAUGUCAAGAAAAGGGGGGUCAUUGACUUUGCUGACUUCGUUCAAGCUCUAAAUGUAUUUCACCCUAGCGUUCCAAUGGAAGAGAAAAUUGAUUUUUCCUUCAAGCUAUAUGAUAUGGACAACACAGGGUUUAUCGAACGAAAAGAGGUAAAGCAGAUGCUUAUUGCCCUUCUGAGUGAAUCAGGAAUGAGGUUAUCAGAUGAAACCAUUGAGUCAAUCAUUGACAAGACAUUUUCAGAUGCUGAUGUGAAUCAGGACGGGAAAAUAGAUAGAGCGGAGUGGGAGAACUUUGUCUCACGAAAUCCCUCCUUGAUGAAGAUAAUGACUCUGCCAUACCUAAAGGACAUAACGACCACAUUCCCUAGCUUUGUUUUCAACUCGAAGGUCGAUGACAUCGUGACAUGA